AUGAGGACUGCACUUAUCUUUAUCUGCCUUUUGGGAAUAGCCUGUGCUUUCUCAGCAAAAAGCUUCUAUAGAAGAGCAAAAUCAGAUGACUCGGAAGAAAACGCGGUUUUCAAGAACAGACAUCGAUAUUAUUUUUACAGAUAUGCCUAUGCCUAUCCACCACAGAGAAGAUUUCAGAGCAGUGACUCAGAAGAAGAAGACAGCUCGGAGGAGGAGGAAGAAGAAGGGCAGGAGCAGUCAAACGAAGGAAACAAUGGAGAGAAUGAAGGUGAAGAAUCUACUACAGAGGCUCCCACUGCUGUAGGCAAGAAAGACCUUGGUACAGGAGAAACCAAAAUCCCUACGAAGGAGCAAGACAGCCAAGGUCCUGAGAAUGCUGAAACGGGCGAAAGCCCUAAAAAAGUGGGGGGAGGCAAAGCUCCCGGAAAAGGCGGGAAGAGCGAAGGCUCUGAAGGCUCUGAAGGCGAAGAAGACAGCGAUGAAAACGAGGAGGAGGAAAAUGAAGAAGAGGAGGAGGAAACUGAAAAAGUGGAUGAGAACGGCAAUGGCGGCAAUGGCACGAGCACCAAUGGUACGGACACAGAGAAUGGGAAUGGUGGCAAGGGAGAGGCUGAAGAGGAGGAGGAAGAGAAUGGAAGUGAAGCCACAACCAUUGUCAUCACCACCCCGACAGAUCCGGGGCUAGAUGACACCACGCCUACUGAGGAUCAGGGCGUUUAUGACACCACCACCGCUGGGGAUCUGUGGGGUUAUGAAAAUGGAGAAACCACCUCCACGGGCUAUGAAAAUGGCUACGAAAGCCAAACAGAUUAUAACGACGGCAGGGAGAACGGGUAUCCCCGAGGGGACAGCUACAGAACAUAUGAGGAUGAAUAUGGCUACUACAAGGGGCAUGGGUAUGAUGUAUAUGGCCAUGAUUACUAUUACAAUCAAUGA